UCAGCAGCCGAUAUUGUUCAGCCGACCAUGGCAUUGUCAAUACAAGUAAACCCAGGACAGGUGAGCUUUUGUCUCUUUCUCUGUAAACACGUCUCGGCUGGAGCUAUUCUAUAACGAGCAUUACAGACCGGGUCUAUCAUUGCUACAUUGCGUAAAAGGACUGAAAUGAGGAGGGAUGCAUAACAUCACAGAACUCUAGCAAAUGACGUGGGAAUGGUACCGAACCUUUGAGGGUCAUUGGUCACAUAAAGGCCAAUUUACCUUGUGACAAUGUUGACAAUGCUAUGAAUAUCGAGGUCGAUUGACGACCAAACAACACAGACUUAGAAGACACGGAGUGCAAGACGACAGAAUUGGUUGGAUUGUGUUUGAGUAUGACGCUGUAUAUGUGACGUCAGUGACUGAACGCCAGCAUGCGUCCCCGGAUUCCCAGUAGGAGAGCGAGUGUUGAUGACGAAGACGACUCGUCACAAAAGUUUUAUGAUACAUCUUUUAACAGGAACAUGUGGCUGAUGAUGCAGACACUGUCCACCAUUGUCAUGUUGCUGCAGGUAUCUGAGCACACAAAGACAUACCUGUCAUAUUACACCUACACUAACGUCACCAUGAUAACGGCAAAAGAGCUCGAGUUCCCGGCUGUAACCAUUUGUAAUCUUAAUCCCUACAACAAAUCUAUAGCCAUCGAAGAAAAUGCAUUUACAGAGUACCUUAUCAGGACCAACACGUUAAGUUUCAUGGAGACCACUUUGAAUUACACGGAUUCCAGGACAGGAGGACUAAACAACGGUUUCAGCCACAACUUUGUGGGACGAACAAACAACGAACUUAAAAAUUUCUUUGUGACAUGUGUUCAAAAAUGGCAACUUAUUUACUGUGAUGAUUUCUUUACACCGCGUAUGACAGAACUUGGAGUGUGUUUUACCUUCAACGGCCCAGACCGGAAGUCCGUGAUGACAAGUAGUACCGGAAAUACGUCAUCACUUACCAUGUACAUAAAAGUCGAACGUGAUAAUUUUCUGUUUGACACCGGAAAUAAUAUCAAGGUUGUUCUUCACGACAAAUUUGAGGAACCGAACAUCAGGGAGAAGGGAUUCCUUGCUGUGCCUGGCUACUCGACCUAUGCUUCAGUAUCUAGUACAAAGUACAAGUAUCUUGGACGGCCGUACCGAAGUCUGCCAAGGGAGGAAUCCUAUUGUAUGGACACGGGUAUGCCCUCGUUCUCGAGCCCGCUAGUGUUCUACAGUCACUAUAGCUAUUCUGCCUGUAUGAUCGAGUGUCGGCAAAACUACACAGCACGCCGGUGUAAAUGUCGCAGUCACACGGAUCCAGGUAAUGACACUAUAUGUACGCCAAUGCAGUUCGUUUCUUGCUACAAACCGAAAGCAUCUUAUUUUGAGAUGAGACUCCAGCAGACCUGCAACUGUCCAUUCCGCUGUGAGAGUAUGUCCUAUAGCGCUAACGUUUCCAGUGUGGAGUUUUUGUCUGACCACAGCGCUGACAUGCUUCAUGACAAAGGAUUUUCUAAUCUCAGGGAGUACGCCGAGAUCCGAAUCUACUUUAAUGAUCUUAACUACACAGUGGCGGAACAAGUACCAAAGAUGCUGGCAACAGAUUUUCUGUACGGUCUUGGAUGGAUUGUGGUAGUGUAUAUAAUUGUUACACUCAUCACUUUGCUCAAGGUUAUCUCUGUCAUAAUCGAUCUUGUCCUCGGUAUUGCGUUUACAAUUUCCGAGGUCCUUUACGUGAUCAUCGAUAGCUGUCUCGAAUGACGUUGAUAUCAUUCUUAUAUUUGCAAUAUAUUUUAAUCAUUAUACAUAUGUAGUUUUCUCGCACAAUGAAGUGUUCACAUAUUUUGCUUCUUUUACCAACUUAAAUUGUUUAGCUGUCUCGUAUGAUUAUUUAG